UUGUCAUUUGAAGGCAAGGCAAGAAAUGGAUCAAUGUAAUCUAAUUUGAUUGAAUUGUUCGUUUGCCAAGCAAAAGUCGAAGUUACCCAAAAAUGUUUGAUGGGGGAAUUACUGCUCAAGACUUUAAGUUUCCUAACAACAGAAUAUAAUAACAACACGACUUAUAUAUAUGUACAUAUAUAUAGACUAUUCAUAUGCAGAUGGCCAUUUGUUUGUUCCGUAGUCUCCCUCUACUCAAGGUACAUCUGGGUUAAUGGCGGGAAGUCAGGCAAAGCCUCCGCCUUAGUUAACAUGAUUCGUGCAUUCUCCUUGAGCGCCGCGGCAUCACUGCUCCAGAAGCAUCGUUUGCCCAGCGGUCGUGGCAUCGGGUAUUCAAGUGUCUAACGUAGUUUAUCGAGUUGUUGCGUACCAUGGCCGUUUGUAGAUCCACGAAUUCGCGCCAUGCGUUGACAAUGGGGUUGAAGUUCUCGAUUUUCAUUUUACGACUUUUAUUUUAACUUUCUUACCGACAGUAGCGCGAUAGCGACCGUGUCGUACGAAUCUUAUCAAUGUGACGAUGCGCACAAUUUUCAGGCGUAGCAUUCGGGUGCUAUUACCGUCCCCGGAAGCUUGUUUGACCGGAACAUCUCCACCGCCGACGUACGCGUCCGAAGAGGCCGACUCCAACAUCUCCCCUAUGACGUUGCGUUGACCACAACGACAGACGCGCAAUUCGGUCAAUCCAUCGCUGUGAAAUAUUGUCGACGAUUUCGAACGCCGCGACUCGAGACGCAGUCACACACCUCAAGCAGCACAGGAAACCGGGCGCGUCAUAGCCUGCCGCCAUCAUGGUUGCGCUGCCGCUAUUCAAGCUUGGAUCGCUGCUCUUGCGGCAUGUAUCCAAGUAUGGUGCUAAUCACAUAAAGGCGCAAGCUCACGACCACCCGCGAUUCCGCGCAUUCGCCGCCAGAUACGGCCAGGUUAUGCAUCAGAUCAACAUGCGCAUGUCAGUAGCUCUGUUGCGGGAUAUCGAAGCCGAAAAGCGCGCAAAAGAAAAGGCCGAAGCACCGACUGUGCUUACCGAGGAGCAGACAAAGGUCGAAGAGAAGAAGGAGAAGCUGGGUACGAAGCCACCGCCUCGGCGAACUUUCCAAAACAUAUGGUCACGCAAGUUCCGACCGCUGCCUGAGAAUAAGGCUGUAGACUUGUUUGCGGAUGUCAUAGGUGACACGUUCAUUCUCAGUGUUGCAAUUGCACUCAUCUUGUACGAAUACUGGCGCGGGAACCAGAAGCCAGACACCAACAAAGAGCGAAUCGACGCCCUGAAUAUUAGAGUUGACGAGCUGCAAAAGCGAGAAGACGAACUUGCGAAAGCGGAAGAGAAAUAUAGACUGCGCUUCGAUUCGUUAGAGCAGGCAUUGAGGACUCUACAAGACCCGAAGACCAAGAAGCCGCUUCUUCCCACAUUACAGGUCCAGGAGAGUGUAGACGAGCAAGCCACCACACCACAGCCUCCUGUAGAGACGACAGUAUCUUGAGAAGCGAAAAGACGGCGCUGGAUAUUCAACUAGGUGCUUUGAUACUGGGCGCCUCAAAGGCUUCCUUGUGGCGACUCAGAACAAUGGCUCCCCACUGUUCCUGGAGGAUGGCUGUGGCUCAGCUCAGCCCGUGAUUACUGGACCUCUGGUUCAUUGAAGCAUGCAAAUGCAGCGGUGAAUCUCCCCACUGUACAUAAAUUCAUUCCCCACUCAUAGUCGGAAGCGAAGCCAAGUAGACUUGGCCUCAGGUGGCGGCUGGCACUUGGCAGCUGGCAGGCAACUGGCGGGCAACUGGUGCAGUUGUGAGAGAUACCCAGGAACAGCUGCACGGACUUUUGACUGGUACAUAACUUAGACUUAGCAUCACCCAGCUCAUUCCAUACAUGAAAAAGCACUAAUCCUUUUAUCACAUC